GUCAUGUUCGGCCGGGAGCCGCCUGGAACGCGUCGUGGCACGAUCCUCGUGAUUCACUUCAGGAUUCGUGGCUGACUACGCGAAGGAUUUUCCUUCUUCGAACCGACCACCUCUGCGAGGUCGCUUCUCGUUUCGUCGAGUAUCGAGUGCCAGUGAGAGGUAGACGGGUGUAGCAGCCAGGUACCACGAUGGCGGACGAUGAGAGGAAACGUCUCGAGGAUGAAAAGAAGAGGAAACAGGCGGAGACGGAUCGAAAGAGGGCGGAGGUCCGCGCCCGCCUUGAAGAGGCUUCCAAAGCCAAGAAGGCGAAGAAGGGUUUCAUGACCCCUGACAGGAAGAAGAAGCUUAGGCUGUUGCUGCGAAAGAAAGCCGCGGAAGAAUUGAAAAAGGAGCAAGAGAGAAAGGCAGCCGAGAGAAGGCGCAUUAUCGAGGAACGUUGUGGAAAGCCGAAGAACGUGGACGACGCUAGCGAAGAAACCGUGAAGCGCGUGCUGCGUGAAUACCACAAUAGGAUCACAGCAUUGGAGGAUCAAAAAUUCGACCUCGAAUAUGUUGUGAAGAAGAAGGACUACGAGAUCGCGGACUUGAACAGCCAGGUGAACGACCUCCGAGGUAAAUUCAUGAAACCCACGCUGAAGAAAGUCUCCAAGUACGAAAACAAGUUCGCCAAACUGCAGAAGAAGGCGGCCGAGUUUAACUUCCGUAACCAGCUUAAACAGGUUAAGAAGAAGGAAUUCACCCUCGAGGAAGAGGACAAGGAGAAUGCGUCAAAAGAUAAGAAGAAACCCGACUGGUCGAAGAAAGGCGACGAAAAGAAGGGGGAAGCUCCAGCUCCAGAACCAUCACCACAGCCGGAGCCAACACCAUCACCACAGCCGGAGCCAACACCAUCACCGACACCUGCACCUCCACCGCCAGAAGCAGCUCCAACACCAUCGCCAGAACCGCCAGCGCCAUCACCAGCACCUCCUGCUGAGGGAGCUCCGCCAGCGGAAGGUGCUCCACCUGCAGAAGGAGCGCCAGCACCUCCAGCAGAAGGUGCACCGGCGGCUGCACCUGCAGAAGGCGCGGCACCACCAGCGGAAGGUGAAGCACCACCAGCUGCUCCUGCGGAUGGAACAGCGCCGCCACCAGCGGAAGGCGCGCCGGCCGCACCUCCUGCUGAAGGUGCACCUCCUGCCGAGGGUGCACCUCCUGCCGAGGGUGCACCUCCUGCUGAGGGUGCAGCUCCUGCACCACCAGCGGAAGGAGCACCACCAGCGGAAGGAGCACCGCCAGCGGAAGGUGCGCCACCAGCGGAAGGCGCGCCUGCGGCACCACCGGCAGAAGGUGCACCUGCGCCAGCGGAAGGAACCCCAGCAGCACCAGCACCAGCAGCCCCACCAGCCGAAGGUGCUGCACCUGCGGAGGGAGCGCCAGCUCCAGCUGCACCCCCAGCAGAGGCUGCGCCGGCACCCGCGCCCGCUGAAGCUAAGGUAGUUUUACUUUUGAAAGUUACAAUGAACGUCACUCCCAAUCGCCCGAUAACUGGUUCGAAGUUCAUCACGUACGCACCGGCAUCGUAACUUCGUCGAAGUUGAAAUGGACGAAGGGUCACCUCGCUAUAUGAUUUCCACUCGUCACAUCGUCAGAAUUUGCAUAAAACGUACACGGAUAAGCAUAGAGUACGGAUAUACAGAUACGUCGAGUCGUAUCAUACUCGUCGUUAUGGUUCAUGCGUUGCUUGUCAUCGUUGUCAUCACCGUCAUCAUCAUCGUUAUCGUAACCAUUGUUUUCGUCCCGUACACGCGUCAGCUUCAACGUCAUGGCAUACGUUAUUGCGUAUCUCGAGAAAUGCGAGCGAAACGAAGCGAAAGAAGAUACAUACAUAUAAAUGGGGGGAGGGGGCGAGAUAGAAAAAGAGACGUUUGUCGUUGACGCGUUUUCCUUCGUUCCUUCGUGGAUUUUGCGACACCUUGUUGUUCAAAGUAAAUCGAGAAUCAUGACGGGGUGCCUGGGCAAUUUUUCCGCUUGUUUUACCUAAUCAUAGGAGGAAAUUAUAAGCCGUGUUGUUGUUCUAAAGAAGGCUCUGUUGUAUUCGUAUGAUCAUAAGCGUUCGUCAGCCGUCAUACGGAUUUUUCUAUCGACUGAAAUCGAACGAGACGUAACACGAAAUAAACACGUAGUUAUACGCUACCACAACAAUUUUUAUGUAAAUAAUUUACGACGCGUUCUAUCGUAUAUCGAUGCAGACGUUAUCAACGCUUCCUUGCACGAAAUGAUUGGAUUUCGUAAUAAAAAGUUUUUUUUUCUGCGACCAGCA